CAUGAGUUUUCCUCUUUUCCUGAAAUCGUUAAUAGCGUAUACAUGACGAAUCAUACAUCAGAAUUAUGGAUCCAAAAAAGGCCAUAGUGGAAAAGUCACGUCAUGCCCGCGAAGAGCGCGCCCUGGCCAAACGCCAAGAGAAAGCGAUUCUUACAGUGCAGUCAUUAGUUCGCAGAUAUCUUGUCAGAUGCAGACUUUGUAGAGAAGUUGAGACAGUUUUGAAUGAAGAGCUAAAAGCAGUUAACGAAGACCCAGAAAAAGAUUUCAAAAGUUGCUUUCAAGCUAUUGAGAGAUACCUAAUUGCGAACCAUUUGAAAAGAGAUGUGAAACAUUUCAACAAGUUUUACUCGAAGUUAUCGAUAAUUUGCAAAUGCAUUACAACUUCAAUUAUGGCCGACUGUUCGCUAAAACACUCGUACGUUGGUCAUGUGUUGCAGAAAGAUUGCGUGAAAACGUGGUCCGCUCAGGUCCAAAGCUUAAUCAAGUUGUCAUUGAUGCAUUGUGAAAAUUUGGAUAUUUCACAGUCGGCCCACAAGGACACCUUUUUGAUCUAUCUGAGGAUGGCACUGCUCCUUACGGAAGUGACUGCGUGGAAGCAAGUCGCUGCUGUCAAACAGUUUCAACUGCUCAAAGUGGGACUUACCAACGUAGCCAAUGUAUUUCUCACCCACUAUCAAUCCAAUGGUGCUAUCCGGAUCCUUGGCAAGAACCUGUUCAAACACUUCGCCUCCGGAACCUCCGCUCAGUUAUCGGAAUUAGUUAUAACUUCAGUGCUGACAAUAUUUAACCGCAUCUUCAAUGUGUGCAAACACUCAAAUGAAGUCAUAGACGAGUAUUGUGUGUUUUUCCUGACAAUUCCAGGAAUCAUAGCGCUUGUCGCUGAUUAUUCAACGCCAUCAAAACUCAUUUUUAAAGAUAGCCUAUCUAUAAAACUACUCAACUACCUAUCUCUUGAAAAGAACCUAAUGUCAGUUGUUUGUACGUUAGAUUUUAAUAAACUACUAUUCAUCUUGGCAAAUUGCAUACAGAUUGGGUACCUUGACCGAGAAACUGUUUUGACCCGGAAAGUUAGGCCGAAUUUUGUAGAUGUGACCUGCUCGAUUUUGAGACACCUGCAAGUGCUAUGCUCAUUUGACAACAAGGCCUCAGGGUCCAAGUACUGGCAUGAGAUAUUUGGAUACAUUCCACAGACAAUAAAUAGAUGCAAUUGUAACCUAAAAGUAGUCAAGCAACAGCUGGCAUGUCUUUGGAAGCCAGAACUAGCCGAGAGUCUUUUCUCAACCCUGAUGGAGGUCAACUCAGUGGCAUCUAAUGUUUUCCAACAGUCCUCGAGCUCAGCAACAACAUCCGGGAAGUCUCCUUCGAGUCAAAUUGUCUCGGAGUCCAGUCUGACUUCUACGAUCACAGCAUCCUCAGUGCCAGCAGUCAAAAGCAAGAGUAAAGCGAGCAAACUUUUUCGCAAAGCUUUUCCAUCUUUAGGAGCCUCAAAAGCGACAUCCAAAUGUCUGGUUAGUCUGGAUUCGUUGGAGAUGUUCCAUGUCUCGGGAGUUUGUAACUUGUACCAAUUGGCUAAAGAUGUUUUGUCACAAUGCAAAGUGGAAAUGCUGUGUGGAAUCACAAGAUUAGAGAACAUUUUACCUCAUAUGUUGCAUUUCAUUCUUCUCUAUGCUUCGAGAGAUGCUGCUAAAUUUUUCACAGACAUUUGUGCCAAGAACAGCAAGGCGAUUAGCAGUGCAAACGGCGAGUUUUAUAAUGCCAUAACUGAUUUACACGAGCGAGCUCUGUCGGUUUUUUCAUUGUUUUGCGAGUGUACAUGGUAUCUUACGACUAUAUUGGACGACAUUGAAGUUUACGAACAGGAUAAAUUGUUCGUUAUGUCGGAUCUGCAGCUGUUGGUUCUAUUCUUAAAUCAGCUGUGUUUCAAUUUAAUAUGGAAUGAAAGCUACGCCAUUAUGCCGACAGUUUUCAAUGGCGUGCAUUCGUUGUUGAUUUUGCUGGUGGAGAGAAAUUACAGGAGACAGUUUCUGCCUCUUGAAUCGCUUCUCAUCAAAGAUAUUAAAACUUGUAACUUCUGGGGUGAAUACGACAAAAACAGACCUCGAGCCAACUAUCUUAUCGAAAAAAUUCCUCACGUGCUACCUCACAAAGAUCGAGUGCUACUUUUCCGACGUCUCGUGAAUGAUGAAAAACUGUCUCUGGGACUAACAGAAAGCACCCGCCAUUACCCGAAGUCAACACUUAUAACGAUACGAAGAAACACGAUUGUCGAAGACGGUUUCGACCAAUUAAGUUCGCUUUCAGACGCCAAUUUCAAAGGCUUAAUUCGAGUUAAGUUUGUAAAUGAACAAGGUCUAAUGGAAGCGGGAAUUGAUCAAGACGGUGUGUUCAAAGAGUUCUUAGAAGAGUCGAUCAGUAAAAUAUUCAACCCAGAGUUGAAUUUAUUCAAGUUGACCGAAGACCAGAAACUUUAUCCGUCGCCGACUUCAAACAUGCAUGAAUUACAUAUUUCCCUGUUCGAGUAUGUCGGCAAGUUGCUGGGCAAAGCGGUCUAUGAGGGAAUUGUGCUGGAGGUUCAGUUCGCGACAUUCUUUCUAACGCAGCUUCUAGGCACACGAGGAGCUCUCUACAGCUGCAUUGAUGAGCUGCCUUCUCUUGACGAGCAGCUGUUCCGCAGUCUGUCAUACAUCAAACACUACGACGGAGAUGUAGCUGACCUCCAGCUGACCUUCUCGUGUGAUGAAGACGAGAUGGGAAGAGUGAAGACGUAUGACCUGAUUCCAGGGGGAAGUUUGGAGCCAGUCACCAACUCGAAUAAGAUACUCUACAUACAUUCCAUGGCAUUGUUCAAGAUGCACACGCAGAUUAAAAAGCAGUCAGUGGCAUUCAACCGGGGCUUCAAAUCAAUCAUCAAGCAGCACUGGAUGGGUAUGUUUAGUGGACCCGAACUGCAGCGACUCAUCUCUGGAGACGAGUGCGACCUAGACAUUACUGAUAUGCGGAACAAUACUAUUUACUACGGUGGAUAUCACAAUCAACACAAGGUGAUCAAGUGGUUCUGGGACAUACUAGAAAAUGAAUUCACCCGUGAAGAGAGGUCACUGCUACUUAAAUUCUGCACCAGCUGUUCCAAACCACCCCUGCUGGGCUUCAGUUAUCUAGAACCCGCCUUUUCUAUCCGAAGAGUUGAACAACCCGAUGACACGGACGAAGGCGAUACUGUCGGCAGUAUAGUCCGAGGAUUUUUCUCGCUCUCGGGAAACAAAAAGGGCGAGAACGUCUCACGACUUCCGACUUCGAGUACAUGUUUUAACUUGUUGAAGUUGCCUCACUACCAGAAACGGACUACUUUAAGGGAUAAACUGAGAUAUGCCGUGCAUAGUCAUGUAGGAUUUGAGUUGUCCUAACUUUGAAUUGGAAAGCAUCCACCGCGCUUAACAAAAUUAUUCAAUCUUAAAAUGUACCACAAGUUUAACCAUUUCGAAAACUAUAAAAAAAAAUUAUUCGUAGCAUUACCAAUAAAAAAUUGAAGCAUGUCAACCAUUUAUAUCCUAAAGCUGUUCUAGUUUAGAGUAGAUUCUUACAUUUUGCUCAAUAAAUACAAAAUUCAAAUAUC